AUGGUCGAACCUAGUGCAGAGAGAUGGAGGAGAUUGGACAUGCAUGCUGGUAUUCACAACUUUGAGUUGCAUGCUUUUCGAGCUGCUUUUCAAAUGGUUCUUUCUAAAUAUUAUCCAGAAAUUAUGAUGAGUACUCCUUCAAUUGGGCGUAAAGGGAAGGCUCUUCGUCGGCGACAUCAGAGGAGAUCCACAGAAUCCCAGCUCCAUCUUAAAGGAAGUACUUGCCACACGAGACAAAAGUUCCCUCCUGUAGUUCCUUCAGAAUCAGAAACUGACGAGACUUUGGGCUCCAUUUCAGAGACACAGACCUUACCUAGUGAAAUUCCUUGUAGUCAAAGGGCUGGAUGUGAAGGUAUUAAAUCUGAUGAUAAAUUUUCACAUUUUGAGAAUUUUUGUGAGUCCGGAUUGUCUCGUCUUGGAAUUAAACAUUCAGAUGAUAUAAACCUUCAAGGCAUAUGGAAGGAAGCAGAACCAUUUGCUGACCUUGUAGGACCUUAUUGGUCGCUGAGAGCCGCUUUAGGACCUCUUUUGGAAACUCUUAUUCUACUGGAUAGGUUAUUAUUUCUUCAAGAGCAAGGCAGUGCUUUAGAAGCCUGCUUGUUGCCGAUAUUUGAUGCAAACAUAUCGCCAAGAAAUGUGGCUAUAAUUGCAAAAAAGAUUGACAAAGAUUUAAGAUCUUCCUGA